CAGUGACAGUGACAUUGACUGAUCGGCUUUGUUUACAUUUUACAAAUAAAAACAUAUUUACGAAAUUUAGCAAAAAAAAACGAAGAUUUAGUCUAAUUAUGGCAGACGAGAAUGAUAACGAACGAAUGGAAAACGAAAAUCAAAAAGGCGAAAAGAUGUUCACGUUAAAAAAAUGGAACGCGGUGGCUAUGUGGAGCUGGGACGUCGAAUGUGACACUUGUGCCAUUUGCAGAGUACAAGUUAUGGAUGCCUGCCUAAGGUGCCAAGCGGAAAGCAAAAAAGACACCUACGGCAAACAGGACUGCGUGGUCGUGUGGGGCGAGUGCAACCACUCAUUUCACUACUGCUGUAUGUCAUUGUGGGUGAAACAGAAUAAUCGGUGCCCCCUUUGCCAACAGGAAUGGUCCAUACAGCGCAUGGGAAAGUAAACAUUAUUUAUUUUAGGCUUUAUAUUAUUAUAAGUUUAAGUUUUUAUUGUUUUAGAAUAAAAUUAAUAUAGACCAAUAAGUUC